CCUAAACAUAUUUCAGCCAGGGGCGCUCAGUUCCACGUAGACAGCUUGCAGUCGAGGCGCAACUGUUCUAAACUUUACUUGGGACCUCACUAAAGGAAGCCGUGGAGAGCGCGGUAACGUGAGCAGGUUUGUGUGCAAUCGCGAAGUUUUUAUUGUCCUUAAGAUGGAGGAAGAAUAUGAUAAGUUACAAAAAGACUUGAAAGAAAAUGGUCAGGAUCAUUUGAUGAAAUUUAAAGACACGCUACCGAAGCAUCAACAGCAGUUGUUAAUCAACGAUCUUCGAAAUAUCAAGUACGCGAAGAUUAAUCUCGCGUUCGAGAAGACGAUGGCCGAGGCAAACACUAUGCAAAAGAAGGACGAAAAAUUGCAGCCAGUUCCUCCAGAGCAGGUUGGCAGUGUCAUUGGAGCAGAAAACCAAAACAACGUCACCGACUGGAGAAAUAAAGGACUGCAAGCAAUAAGCGAAGGUAAAGUCGCUGUACUACUUCUGGCUGGUGGUCAAGGUACUCGAUUGGGAGUUGAUUAUCCGAAAGGAAUGUACAAUGUCGGUUUACCAUCAGGGAAAACCCUUUAUCAACUGCAAGCUGAGAGGAUCUUGAAAUUGCAGGAGUUGGCGUACGAGCACACUGGAGAGAAAGCUACGAUUCCAUGGUACAUCAUGACCAGUGAACAUACAAUGGAUGAAACAAAAGAGUACUUCCAGGAACACAAUUAUUUUGGACUCCAAAAAGAUGAUGUGAUUCUCUUUGAGCAGCACACCCUUCCAUGUUUGACCCUUGAAGGUAAAAUCAUUCUUGACCAGCCUGGUAAAGUUUCCAGAGCCCCUGGAGGAAAUGGUGGCUUGUAUGAAGCUCUUCAUGAGAAGAAACUUAUUGACAAGAUGCGAGGAUGUGGUAUAGAGUAUGUGCAUGUGUAUUGUGUUGAUAACAUCCUGGUCAAGAUGGCUGAUCCUGUCUUUAUUGGAUUUUGUAUGGCCAAGUCAGCAGAAUGUGGUGCUAAGGUUGGUUGCAGAGUACAGUGAGAUCUCUGAAGAACUGCAGCACAAAAGAAACCCUGAUGGAAAACUUACCUUUCGUGAAGGAAACAUUUGCAACCAUUUCUUUACCAUAGACUUUUUGGAAAAAAUUGUCAAAGAGCUUGAGCCAUCGCUAAAAUACCACAUUGCCAAGAAGAAAAUUCCUUAUGUUGAUGACAGUGGGAAUCGGAUUGUGCCUGAUGCACCUAAUGGAAUAAAACUGGAGAAGUUUGUUUUUGAUGUCUUUGAAUUUACUGAAAAUUUUGCAGUCUUAGAGGUUGCCAGGGAAGAUGAAUUCUCUCCUCUGAAAAAUCGGCAAGGUUCAGCCACAGACAGCCCAGAAACAGCUUGCAGAGACUUGCUGAAUUUACAUCAUAACUACAUAAUCAAAGCAGGGGGGACAUUUGUUGACAGCACCAAGGACAGCCCUUCGUUAUGUGAAAUAUCUCCCCUUCUCUCUUAUGCUGGAGAGGGAUUGGAAGAUGUAGUUAAAGGCAAGGAGUUCUCAGCAACAAAGACUAUUCAUCUGAAACCAGAGAAUAAAGAAGUAAAAGAUGGAGAGCUACCACGAAAGAAAGUCAAGGAGGGUUGAAAAAAUUAUUAAUGCUGGUCAUAGGAAUAUUUUAAUUGUCAAAAAUUUGUGUGGAAUUCUAAUUAUAUUUGAAAAUGGUUAUCAGUAAGAAUUGACUGGUUAGGAAACCUUACAGAUUUAAUUGUUGUACACUGUGGGUUUCAACAUAAGCGACAGUAACUUGUUUGUUGGUAUCUCUAAUUUUUCUCAGCUUUCCUAACCAGUGAACUCUAAUAAUAUAUAAUACUACGGUUUUAUUGUAGUUAGGAAAAUGAUGAUAUGUUAUAAUAUAACAUGCUGCACAUUCAAUUUUGGAGGAAGCAGUACUGUAAUUCAAAUCAUUUUUAUUAUGAUUAUUGGUAUUAUUGUUUUCAGUAUCACUCAUUGUCAGUUUUGUUGUCAUCAUCAUUUUCAUUAUCAUUACUGGUAUUACCAGUAGUUAUUUUCAUUAUCAUUACCAUAACCAUUGUUAUUGUCAUUAUUAUCAUCAGGCAUUGUCAUCGUCAUUUUUAUUAUCACUAUUAGUUAUGUUAUUUUCAUCAUUAUUGUUAUAUCUCAGAUAGAAAAUAUGAAACACACCUUUUAAAAAGGGUUGGGGGAAAGGGUUGGAGGUGGGUGUUUUGGAAUAUUAUAUCACACCAGAAGUUGAGUGAAAAUGCACUCACAAUUUUGAAGCGCUAAGUCAACCAAUCAAAUUCAAGAGCGUAGCCUUGACUUUUAACUAACAUAUGGUGUUGUAUGAAAAGUUUCUCACUUGAUUGUAGGAAACGUUUGGGAAUUCUAUUCAAAAAAACGGAAAUUUUUGAUCAUAUAUUCUUUAAGUUAAAAGAAAUAUUCACAAAUAUGGACUGCAAAAAUUUGCCUAAACAUACUUGACCUUAAGAUGGAUGAAAAUCUAACUUUGGUGCCAGAUUUUUACAAGCACCGUAUUUCUCAUAUAACUUUUUUGUAAAGCGGAUAGAACUGAUCCAAAAUUUGCAGUUCUGAAAAUGAAUUAUAGUGUCUGUCAGAUAAGUGUCAUUGAAAGAGCGGUUUUAUUGGAAUGUCGAAAGUAAAUUGGGAUUGCAUUGAUUUUGUUCUAAUUUGCCCUGUGAUUGGUCUAGGAAACUCUUACCAUUCUCUCAACCAAUCAGACGCAACACUAAGACCAACCAGGACGUGUUAUCGCGCCCAAGUUAGUUUCGUUGGUUUUCUUUUUCCUUGAGUUUUCAUAGGCUCUUGAGGAUCUUUUCCUUCCUUCUGAUUGGCUGUUAAGAUAACUUUGGUUUUGAUUUUACGACACUCAAUUGAAAAGAGUUCAAUUAUGAUGGUAUCAGGGCCAGAGGAACACAACAAGAACAUUCUUUCGCAUGCUAAACCUUCAGAUAGAAGAAAUUUAACUUUGGGACUUGUUUCAGUAUUCUAUGAAUAUGUUGCUAAUCCAUAAAAUGCACAUCGAAAUGUUAUUUUUUUAAAGUUAGAUGGACUUUUGAAAUCGACUUUUGAUGUCAUUAAAUGAAAUGAUUAAAGCUUCAAACCAGGC